AUGGACCACAAGCCUGUUGAGCGCAUCUUCACUAAUCUAGAGAUUGCUCGGGCAAGGUAUGUCGAGAGCCAGGAGAAGCUCAUCACCUACGGCGACCCAUCUAGCUCCAUGUGGAAGGAUGUGGAAGCGGAUGAGGUUGACCUGGGGAAGGCUUUGGUGGACGAUGUAGAUUAUCCCGCAUACAACCUCAAGUGGGAACAGUGGUGUGGCAGCGUGGAGCGCGGCCGUCUCACCUCCCUCCGGCUGUUCCGGCUGCAGCCCCCCGCGACGAAGCCAAACUCGCCGGGGCCAGGCCCAAUUCGCAAGAUCGAGUGGGGCAAAAUCGGCACACCACUUCUUCGAGAUCGCAACGAAGUUGUGCUUCACACCGAUGGAGCUCGCGCCUACAAGCUCAGCAUUCCCGGCCUUCUACAUGCAAAUGUCGUACACAAAAAGAAGCGUGUGAUGCUGAAGAGCCAGGUCCGAAGGAUCAAGCCCCAUUUCACGAAGGUGUACGACCUGAAGCUUCCUGAGGGCGGUGAAUUGCGUGUGAAAUCCGGCACGCAGAUUAUUGAUCGAAAUGCUGUCUUGCGACGCAAGCUUCGUGCAGCUCAGUUUACAUACUGGAACAAGGGCCGUAAUGCCUGGAAAGCCACAGGGGAGAUGUCGAUGGUGGGUUGCAACCUUCCAGAGAAGGUUGCUGGCCUUCUUAUCGACAAGGAGCUGAAAGCCUUCUCACAGGUCUUGACGAACCCUCAGCGACCGCUAGUUGCCGUGGUCGGCGGCGCCAAGAUCAGCGACAAGAUCAAGCUCAUUGAGAACCUCAUCGACAAGGCCGAUGGCAUUAUCAUCUGCGGCGGCAUGGCCUACACCUUCUUGAAGCAGUGCUUCGGAAUGAAGAUCGGCAAGAGCCUUUUCGACAAGAAGGGUGCAGACAUCGUGCAGGGCAUCCUCGACAAGGCAAAGGCCAAGGGCUGCGAGGUGACGCUGCCGGUCGACUGGCUCUGCGGCCAGGAGUUCAAGAACGACCAGGAGACAAAGCUGGCCACCCGAGAGGAGGGCAUUCCAGACGGAUGGGAAGGCAUGGACUGCGGACCGAAGAGCAUGGAGCUUUUCGCCGACACGGUGAAGGCAGCCAAGACUGUUGUGUGGAAUGGACCCGCGGGUGUCUUUGAGUUCGACAACUUCUCCAAGGGCACGAAGGCACUGUUGGAUGCCGUAGCUGGCCUUCAUGCAAGCGGCGGCGUCGGAAUUAUCGGCGGAGGCGACUCCGCAACGGCCGCGGCCAAGUGGGACAUGGAGGACAAGGUGUCCUUCGUGUCCACCGGCGGUGGUGCUUCUCUGGAGCUCUUGGAGGGCAAGGUGCUGCCCGGCAUUGCCGCACUGACUGAUGCGCCUCCGAAGUGGGAGGGCACAGUCACUGGAAAAUACCAGUGGGACGACGCCAAGAAGAAGAACACCGAUGCUGACAAGGACAUGAGCAGCGCCGGCGACGCCAUCACCAAAUACAGCUGGGGUGAUGGCAAGAAGCAGGUGAGCAUCUACAUCGAGCUCGAUGGUCUGGACGACUGCACUGAGGACAUGUUCCAGGCCUCUUCCGGCGAGAAGGAUGUUUCCCUCACCAUCGCCAAGGUGGCUGGCAGGAGAAGAACUUUCUCGCUCAAGGACCUCGCGCAUGAGAUCGACGGCGUGAAGGAAUGCUCGACAAUUCCCGAUCGCUUCGUUUCGCUCAAGAAGGUGUAG